AAGGUGCUGAGUGAGAAGGUGCGUGUGCCCCUCUCUGUGCUCACCGGGUGCCCCCAGGGCUGGCCGAGCAAGAGGAGGGGCGUUAGAGACGCCCAUGCACGUGUGCUUGUGAUGAUCAGGGCACUUGGCAUUUCAUGUGAUGCUGUUUUCUCCUCUCAGUGUGUCUCAUAGGGUGACAUUUGUCCUCGAGCAGUGUAGAGUCGUGGGAGCAUCUCAUUUAUAUGAACUGGUUUGCAUGCCUUUGCACACCCCGAUUUAUGGGAACCCGUGUGCAUACCUCCCCCCCGUUGACGGGAGCCCAGAGCCCGCGCGCACGCCCCCCGUUGACGGGAGCGCAGAGCCCGCAUGCACGCCCCCGUUGACAGGAGCCCGGAGUCGCGCUCAUGGCCCCGGUUUACGGGAGCCCAUGUGCACAGCCCGUUUAUACCAGGCUGGCGGGAGCUCCUGUCAUCGGAUACCACUGCUCUGGUGGUGGACACGCUUGGUGUUAAUUCCUGCCCACUGUGUCUCUGGUGGUUGCGGUACACGAAAUCUUCAGGGCGAUCUCCUGUCUCCGGGGAAGCCGUUCUAAAGGCUUCACGAUGCCGGACCCAGCCCCCCUGCUUCCUGCCACCUUACGAGCUCAUUCGCCCACCUGCUUUUUUCCGAUGCGGGUGUGAGUUUUAAAAAGAUCCUCUCCCGUUGCCUUAGAUAAAACCCACCUCCCGUUUGACCAUUGAUGGCUGAGGAGGUUGAGCGUGUGUCUCCUUUCCCAGCCGCUGACUUCUGUCCUGUGACCCUGCCCCUGCCCCCCUCGGUCACAAGCCUUCAUCCUGCUCUGCGACCUGCUGCUCAUCCUGAGCCACCGGGCCCUGAAGGGGACAAGGGCCUGGGGCUACUGUUCUUCGUCCCCGAUCACGUCCUGCAGUGCAAGCUGCUCACCUUUGUCAGGGAGCACGUGUUCCUGGAGGACACAGGAGCCGCAGGUCCCAGCAGAGUUUACAAGGAGGAGGAUGCGGACGAGCUGCAUGAGCUGUUCCACAGGAGAAACAUGCUGGCCGUGUUCUGUAAGCUCAUCGUCUGCAACGUGCUGGAGAUGAGCGCGGCCGCCGACAUCUACCAGUUCUACCUGAAGGUCUCUGCCCGGCUCUCCCGUCCCCGCGGCCCGAGCUCACCCUCCCCCGCCCACUGCUCUCUUGUGUAAGACACAGAA